UGAGCGAGGUGGGUGAUGGGAUGGAUGAAGCCGAGCAGGACCAGUAUGAAGCCCGUCUCAAGGAGCUCUUUGACAGCUUUGACAGCACAGGUACUGGAUCCCUUGGGCAGGAGGAGCUGACCGAUCUGUGUCACGUGUUACAUCUGGAGGAAGUGGCUCCUGGAGCGCUGCAACAGACGCUUCUGCAAGGCAACCUUCUUGGCAGGGUCCACUUUGACCAGUUUAAAGAAGCGCUGAUCCUUAUCUUAUCCCGAACCUUAUCGAACGAGGAUGACUUCCAAGAACCAGAUUCUUCACCUGAAGCCCAGCCCAAAUACAUCAAAGGUGGGAAACGCUAUGGCAGGCGGUCUCUGCCGGAGUUUCAGGAAUCCGUGGAAGAGUUUGCCGAGGUGACUGUGAUUGAGCCUCUCAAUGAGGCAGCCCGGAGUUCACACAUCGCUUCCAAUGACUGCGAUGAGCACUGGAAGACUCAGGACAGCGAGGAAUAUGAAGCAGAAGGCCAGUUGAGAUUUUGGAAUCCGGAUGACUUGAAUGCAUCACAAACUGCGUCGUCCCCUCCCCAGGACUGGAUAGAAGAGAAGCUGCAGGAGGUUUGUGAGAAUCUAGGGAUCACCAGAGAUGGCCACUUGAACAAGAAAAAGCUGAUCUCCGUUUGUGAGCAGUACGGGCUGCAGACUGUGGAUGGCGAGGUGCUUGAAGAGGUGUUCCAUAAUCUUGAACAAGAUGGCACAAUGAGCAUAGAGGACUUUUUCUAUGGCUUAUUUAAAAAUGGAAAAUCUCUUACGCCAUCAGCUUCUACCCCAUACAGACAACUCAAACGGCACCUCUCCAUGCAGUCCUUUGAUGAAAGUGGGAGACGCACCACUGCCCUGUCCACGAUGACUAGCACAAUUGGGUUCAGAGUCUUCUCCAGCCUCGACGACGGGCAGGGCUGUGCCUCUGUGGAGCGAGUACUUGACACGUGGCAUGAAGAGGGAAUCGAGAACGGCCAUGAAAUCCUCACGGCCUUGGAUUUUAGCCUGGAUGGGAAGGUCAAUCUGAUGGACCUGACUGGAGCGUUAGAAAAUGAGCUCCUCCUGAUAACCAAGAAUGGAACCCAUCAGGCCGCCUUGGCCAGCUUCAAAAUGGAGAUCAGACAUUUACUGGAGCGAGUUGACCAAGUGGUGAGAGAAAAAGAGAAGCUGCGCUCAGAUUUGGAAAAAGCUGAAAAACUGAAAUCUCUCAUGGCCUCGGAAGUUGACGACCACCAUGCUACCAUAGAGCGUCGGAAUGAAUACAACCUCAGGAAGCUGGAUGAGGAGUACAAAGAACGCAUUGCAGCUUUAAAGAACGAACUCCGGCAGGAGCGAGAGCAGAUCCUGCAGCAGGCUGGCAAACAGCGAUUGGAGCUGGAGCGGGAGAUUGAGAAGGUGAAAAUGGAAGAGAACUACGUCCGCGACCGGCUCACCCUUUCCCUAAAGGAAAACAGCCGUUUAGAGAGCGAGCUGUCGGAGACUGGACAGAAACUGGCAGAGUACGAGAGCCUGACGAGCAAACUGCAAAGGAACUUGGAAAAUGUCUUGGCCGAGAAGUUCGGCCACCUUGAUCCCAGCAGUGCUGAGUUUUUCCUGCAGGAGGAGAGAUUGGUACAAAUGAAAAAUGAGUAUGAACAGCAGUGCAGGGAGCUGCAAGACCAGAUCGAUGAACUCCAGUCUGAGCUGGAAGAGUAUCAUACUCAAGGCAGAAUAUUUAGGCCUUCUCUGGAAAGCUCGCUGCAUGAGGAGUUUGACAUUAAAAAUGGGGGAAGCGGUGGUGUGGAGCCUGACCAAGGUCUUGGUUCUGAGGAUUGCAAUCCGCUAAAUAUGAGCAUAGAAGCAGAAAUGGUCAUUGAACGAAUGAAGGAACAACACCACAAGGAGCUACAGCAUCUGAAACAGGAGCUCAAAGACACAAUGAGCCAUUAUGAAAAACUAGUCGAGACCAAGGCCCAUUGUGAAAAGGAGCAAGAAAAUGUGGCGAAGAAAUAUAAUGAAGAGAGGCAAACCAUGGAAAAGCAAAUAAGUGCCCUUAAAAACCAAAUUGAAGCACUCCAGGGAGAGACCGCGAUGCUCAAAGAGGAACGAGAAAGGAUUGACUGCAAACAUAAUGAGGAGAGAAAUGACUUACAGAUGAGCUUUGAUAAGGAAAAGGCUAAUCUCCAAGAACUGCUGAAGCUAGGACAUGAGGAAGAGCUCCGGGUUAGGCUGGAGCAGGUACAAGAGAGCUUUAACCGAGAGCGGGAGGAGCUGGUUCAGAAUGGUAUUUGGAUGGAAGAAAAGAUGAGAGCUCUGGUGCAGACCCUGCAAGAAGAAAAGGGGGAGGUAGAACGUGGUUUCCAUGAGCAGCUGAAAAGCCUGACAGAAAAGCAUGCUGUUGAGAGGGAAGAGCUACAACACAAAUUGCUGGAAAAACACCAACAGGAACUCCAAGAAGAAAGGGAAAAAAUGGAAACUGAGUAUAACAGAAGAACAUCUCAAACAGAAACUCAGUUUUCUGUCAACAGACAAACAAUUGUGAACAAGUAUGAAGAAGCACUACGAAAUCUUGAAGAACGCUACCAACGAGAACUGCAAGAACUCGCCGAACAACAGCGUGAGGAGAAAUCUCAGUGGGAAUUUGAAAAGGAUGAAAUCAUCCAGGAAUGUGCUGAAGCCCAAGAGCAACUGAAGGAAACGCUGGAGAGCAAAAAGGCCGUUUCUUUUGUCCUAACACAGGAGAAAGAACUCCUGGAGAAGAAUUUAAAGGAACAUGUGAACAAGCUAAUGUGUGAAAAGGAACAGCUCCAGAAAGAGCUGCAGGACCUGAGAAAUGCUGCUGAAAAACAAGAGGAUGAGUUGCAUAAUAAAAUACUGCAGCAACAAAAUGAUCAUGAAAGAGAGCUAAAAGACAGAGAAGAACAAAUGUCUGUGGUAGAGGAAAAAAGGAAGCUGGUUAGCCAAAGGCUUGAAGUGCUUGAGACUGCAUAUGAAGAAGAGAAAUACAAACUGAAUUCCAAACUUCUUGCUUUAGAGGGUUUAAACAAAGAGACCCAUGAGAGAGCAGAAAAAGAGAAUGCACAGAUGACUUUGGAAAUCGUAAAGCUUCAAGAAAAAAUAAAGAAGUUGCAGCAGGAAACACUUGACUUUUCCAAACUGCAGAAUGAUUACAAUGCCUUGGCAGAUGAAUAUGCAGAAGUGAAGAGCAAGGUUUCAGCACUCUCUGGCAUGCAGCAAUUGGAAGAGAAUGGAGAGGUUCUUAUAAACCUACAGAAGGUUCAUGAGCAGGCUGUGAAGGAAAAUGUGAAAAUGGCUUCUGAGAUUGUCAGGUUACAGCAGAGGUUACAGAGGCUGGAGCAAGAGCCAAGGAAACUUUCCAGUUUUGACCAAUCAAAUUCUGAGAUGGAAGAAUCUCAGGUGCAAGACAGGAUAGAGCAAAAUGAGGGUAAUGUUCUCAAAAAUCUGCAAGAUGGUUGUAAAGAGACAGAUCAUGGAGCAAACUUGCUUGUUCUUUCAUUGUUGGAGGCUAAAACUAAGGAGCUUGAAGAAAUGGUUGAGGCUUAUUCCAGUCUAGAGAAGAUGUAUGAAGACACUAAGGUAGAGAACCAUGCCCUGAAAAUACAGAUUGGUCAGCUUCUGGAAAAUAUAAUGGUAUUGGAAGCAGAAUAUAAUGAAGCUAAUGACAAGAAGCAAGAUCAGGCUUCCGAAGUGUCUGUGCUGGAAAUGAAACAGACCGAGCUUGAGAAAAUCUUUGAGGCGGUUCCCAAGUUGAAGAUGUUCUAUGAAGACGUUAAAAGAGAGAAUGGAUGUUUUUGGGAAGAUAGCAAGGUGGCAAAAAUAACAUCUGAUCAUGCUACAGACCAUAAAGAGCUUUGUUAUGAAGUUUCUAGGCUACAGACUGAACUAAAGAAGGCUGAGGAAAUAACUGAAGCUUCUCUUCAACUUGAGAAGAUCUGUGGAGCAACUAAAGAGAAUGGAGAGCUGAACAAUCUAGUACUUCACCUUUGGAAAAAGAUUGAAGAGCUAGAAGAAAGAUUAAGGGCACAAUCUACACUUCUAUUACAGGAAGAAAUCCAGCUAGAAAACAAGGGCCUGAAAUCUGAAAUGAUAAAGUUGUUUGAACAAAAUAAAAAACUUGAAGAGGAUGUAUCAAGACUUACAAGCCUGCAGCACAGGUUAGAAGAAAGUAAUCAAGAAAGUGUCAAACUCAGGCAAGAAAAAACACAGCUCCUGGAAGAAGUUAAGGAACUGGAAAAUGCCCGUGAGCAAUACGAACAGGAAAAGAGAGAGCUGCACAGUGAGAACUUAAGACUGCAGUGCAGACUUGGAAACCUGGAAGAACAUACUUUGACGUUUAAAGUCCUGCAAGACAAACAUGACCAAUGUGCGACCACGAUAAAAGACCUGGCAACGGAGAAAAGAGCGCUACAAGAGCUGAGCAGGAAGCUGAAAGAGAAAGUUACAUCUCUGGUUAAGCAAAAAGACACGCAUUCUCAAGAAGAAAAAGAGUUGAAUUCAACGAUACAUGAUUUGCAAAGCACAUGUAGUGAGCUGCAGCAAAAAGUUGAACUCCUGAGAUGUGAGGCUGAGAAGCUCAGAGAAGAAAAUGCUAUUCUGAAGAAUGACAUAACCCUGUUAAAUGAGGAAGGUAGUGUUUCUAACCUGAAACUAAGGGAGCUAAAUGGAUCUCGAGAAGAAAUGUGGCAAAAAAUGGAGGCUAUAAGAAAGGAGAAAGUGGCCGUGCAGAAAGUGGCGGACAACUUGAGAAAACAGGUAUCAGAUUUGAAAGCCAGGAACCAGCAGCUCGACUUUGAAAAUGCAGAACUUAGUCAAAAGAAUUCAAAAAACCAAGCAGACGUGCAGGAUCUUAAUCAACGGCUGGCAAGAAUCCUCAGGCAAAAAGAAAAGGAAGUGGGGAAGUGUACAUUGGAAGAAUCGGAAAGGGAGAGAUCCAAGCUGAAAGAGGAACUGGAAAACUGUCAAGUUAAGUCAUCAACUCUGGUGUCUUCUUUGGAGACUGAGCUGUCUAAAAUCAAGGUUCAAAAUCGUUUACUGGAGCAGGAAAAUCACCUCCUCAGACAGGAACUGGAGAAGACCAAACAGCUGCCCAGAUGUCCUGAUCUCUCUGACUUCCAGAAUGAAAUUUCUAGUGUAAUAACUAAAAAUGAAAAGCUGCUGAAAGAAAAAGAAGCCCUCAGUGAGGAACUAAACAGAUGUGUUGAUAAGGUAGCUAAAGUGAACUUCUUAGAGAAUGUUAUUGCCAGCUUGAAGCAGGAGCAAAAGUCCUGGGAACAACAAAGUCAGACACUGAAAACGCAGCUCACAGUCUCCCAAGAAAAGGUUCAGAGUCUAGAUGAAGCGCUACAAAAUAUCAACCUUCAAAUGUCACGGCUAAAAUCAGACCUACGGGUGACCCAGCAGGAGAAGGAGGCUCUUAAACAGGAAGUGAUGUCACUACACAAGCAACUGCAAAAUGCCAAUGACAAGAAUCGGGUUCUAGAACUGGCUGUGCAUUCCUCAGGGCUGCAGAACCAGCAGAAGAAGCUGCACUGGGAUGAACUCGAGCAGCUGAUUAAACAGGAGCAGCAGCUGCUGAGGCAAGAGAAUGAGAGACUCCAGAGAGAGGUCCAGAACACUAGAACAGAUCUAACUCAUUCCAGGGAGAAGAUCCGGCAGUUGGAAUCUGCGAUCCUUUCCAUGAAGCACCAAAAACAUCAAAGCCAGUCUGGUAUUGUGAAAGCCAUAGAGCAAGAGAAAUUAAGCUUGAAGAGGGAGUGUGAACAGCUUCAGAAGGAAUUGUCUUCUGCUCACAGGAGGAUCAGUCAGAUGAAUUCACUUGAGCAUGAAUUGGAAACCAUCAAUUUGGAAAAUGAAGGGCUAAGAAAAAAGCAAGUCAAACUGGAUGAACAACUAAUGGAGAUGCUACACUCGAGCUCCAAUGUGAUGCUUAGCCAAUCCCAGCAUUCUCGGGAGCUGCAGCAGCUCCAGCAGCAAGGCUGUACUAUGGUGCCCAAGGAGCAGUUCCUGCAACUCCAACAUCAGCUACAGCAGGCAGAGAGGAGGAGUCAACGACUGCAGGAGGAACUUGAAAAUAGACCGUCUGAAACAAACAUGCCACAGGGGGGCCAUGCUCAGCUUCUAAAGAUGAUGGAAGAACGUAUGAUGGAUGUUGAGCAGAAAUUGAAGCUUGUGAAGAGGCUUCUCCAAGAUAAAGUGAACCAACUGAAAGAACAACUCUCCAAGAAUACUAAAGCAGAUGCAAUGGUUAAGGAUCUCUAUGUUGAAAACGCACAAUUGCUGAAAGCUCUGGAGAUGACAGAACAGCGACAGAAAACUGCUGAGAAGAAAAACUACUUCUUAGAAGAAAAGAUUGCCAACCUCAGUAAAAUAGUAAAGAACCUGGCAUCACCAUCUUUGAAUUCUACUCCUCAAUUAAGGUCAUAGCAAAGCCAUACAUAUAUUCAAAAGCUCUCUUGCACUUUACUGAAAUGUUAAGAUUUCAACUUCUCACUGUGCUGCCUUUUUGUAUUCUAGAUGUUGGUUAACAGAGGUCCCAAAGUAGAUAGUUUAAAGUUAAAACCUAAACUGGUAGCUGCCAACAAACUUCUGGUUGCGUUCCUAAGCCACUUUCCUGCCCAGUUUUGUCAAAAACUACCCUAUUCAGGAUUGUAGAAAAGAUUUGGAUCUGUGAUUCUAUGUAACUUAACUUAUUUUAACUGCUUUAUUUUUAAAUAUAUACUCUGGUUUUAUUGUAGUGAAUUAAUUUGGUAACUCAUGUCUACAUUGAAACCUAGGUCUAAGGGGAACCUUUGCAAAUUAGGUCUCAGUUAGGCUUAGAAUGUUUUAAAAGUUUAUGUAUAAUACACCUCUACCCCGAUAUAAUGCUGUCCUCGGGAGCCAAAAAAUCUUACCGUGUUAUAGGUGAAACCGCGUUAUAUCGAACGUGCUUUGAUCCGCCAGAGCGCGCAGCCCCGCCCCCCUGGAGCACUGCUUUACCACGUUAUAUCCGAAUUCGUGUUAUAUUGGGUCGCAUUAUAUCGCGGUAGAGGUGUACUUUAAAGUCUAAACUCAACAUAUCAUCUGGGUCAUCUCUAGAUGUCAUUGUCAGAAUAAUUCAUAUUAGGAAACAGACUUCAUCUGUUUCCUAUAUACUGCAAAUAGAUUCUGGAGUAAAGCAGUAUGCUUCAACUGAUGCACUAGGCUUCUAGCCCAUUGAUCAAUGGCUGUUUCUUUCCAGGGUUCAGCUUCCCAAGUGGUGGUUAAAACUUGGUAAAUUGAAUGCUGCCAUUUAACUAACCAUAGCAGUAUCUAAUCCUGAGAAAUGUCCCAUGUGGUGAGUGUGACAAUGACUUACACAGCUGCAAUUAAACACUCCUUUACAAAUAUGUUAAGGGCCUUAAAUUAAAACAGAGGAACAAUCUCCAAACAGAAAGUGAUCUGGCUUCUACUUGAAUAUUUUUUAACUAGGCAAAGCACUGAAAUGUAUUUAUGGAAUAAUCCUGUAUUGGCAGGAGAAUGGAGAAGAGGACCUACAUAAACUUUAGUCUGUAAUAUCUAUGGCAAUGAUCCUGCAAUGGGGUCUACUAACAUAGACCUCGGAUGACCAUACACACUUCCAUUUGGUGUCAGUGGGAGUCUGUACAGACAGGUCUCUGCUAGUGGGUCCUGCUACAGGAUCCGAGUUUGUGAUUGUAAAGAGUUAUAUUUGAGGUCACCUCAGCAACUUGGAACGAUAGCAUAAACUAGCUUCCUGCACUACUAUAAAUAUGGAACUUAAUGUCUGUGUAUGAAGAUAACCACUUAUUCAAGCUUUAAGAAACCUUGUUUAUGAAAAGAAUGAUAAACCAAACUGUAUUAUCUAAUGACUAGAUAAAAAUAGACUUAAGACAAUAAGAUUUUUAAAAUGUUAAUGUGAAUGUAAUACUGGUGAGAGGGGCCAGGAUAAGACUGGAAGAAGUGUUGUGAUUGGCGCAAUCUAUAUAAGGGCUUGAAGGAUCGAUUGAUCAAGGUGAGAGGGGCCAGUUUGGCAGCAGUAGUGGGAUUUGGAGGAAGGGUUAAAAAUGUUCAAACUGUAUUCAAACCCUUGUCUCUGAGACUGCCAACAAUGUGCCAGUUACGGUAGUGUUUGUGACAUGCAACUGUCCACUAGGAACUGAAAUGAGACUGCCAAUUCACUUGCCACAAGCCACUCGCCAGCCUGCAGAGAAUGACUUUCAGUUUAUACUGAUUUAGCCAGGUAAAGCAUUGUCAAGACUGUUAUACCUAACAGGUUACUUAUUAAUUGGAGGGUGAAGGGAUUGGAUAAUAGCUACCUGGUGUGACCCUUUCCUUGUACUGCCAGUCUGCUCGAUUCCUUUAUGCAGGCAAUAUUGUGAAUGUUACAAGAAUCCAUAGAGAUUUGUUUUCUUCCUAUGUACAGGAAUGGAGCAUAAGGACACGGCAGAGAAAAUAAUCACCAUGAAUGCAUGUCCGAUGAUAGAAAAUUAUGCACUGUUUUCCUGUUGAAAGGGUGCAAUGAAUAUACAGGGUUUUAUUUAAAAACAAAAAUCAGCUUGGAGUGUUUACAUUUUAACUCUUAAAACUUUAAAAAGAUUUGUUCAAUAUACCUUAAAAGGUAGACCAAUUACAAUGAUAGCACAAACAUAUCUAGCACUACACAAAGCAAAAAAACCUUAGUUAGAAAUCAUUUCGUGACUGUACUGUGCUGUCCCUUUCCACUCGCAAUCUUCUAUCUUGGUAGAUGACAAGCUCUAACGUUUGCCUACACCAUUUUUACAUUGACUGCAGAAGCAGUCUUUUAUUACUGCAAAUUACAUUGAAGUAAAUUGGUGUUCCCUUUUUAAAUUCCAAAGAGUAUAAAUAUUUUGCUUAUGCUAAUAUUGACCAGUUAGCUUGGUAAGUCACACACAUAAUAAAGUUUUGAUGCAUGGGCAAUUGGACUAAAAUGUGUGUUGACAAUAAGGAAAUUGAGCACACGUCUCUAAGGUUAUGUCUAGCUUAGGAAAAUAGGCAGUAUUUUUAAAAUGGCAGAGUAGACAUAAUUCAGCUGGCUAUGGUCAUCCUAGAAAAAGGUGUUAGCUAGCAUUUUUUAAUGCACUAUAUUUUCCUAGACUAGACAAUGACCUAGGGCGUGUCUACAUUUACUGGUCGAUUGGCACUGCUGCAAUCGAUGCAGCGAGUGUCGAUGUAGCGGGUCUGGUGAAGACACACUAAAUCGAUGGGAGAGCACUCGCCGAGAAGUGUAAGGGAAGUCAAUGGGAGACGCUCUCCCAUUGACACAGCACAGUAUAGCCACCUUGGUAAGUGGAUCUAACUACAUCGACUUCAUUUACGUUAUUCACAUAACUGAAGUUGCGUAAGUUAGAUCGAUUUACAGCGGUAGUGUAGACCAGCUCCUAAUGUUAACAUAUGUGGCAAAUUGUCAGACAUCAUGGGGAUAUUGAAGUAGAGAUUGUAA